AGGUCCUGACCCGCCUGAUCCAGCCCCACCCAGAGACCUGCCAAGAGCCCCUCAGUGCUGAGUGUUCUAGACAGACUUCCACCCGUGGGAGGGGGGGGGGGAGGAGGGUUGGCUGUCGUCAUGGCGACGGCGUGGGUAGCCGCGACCCUGCGGACCGGAGCUGCGGGUGUGAGGCUCCGGGGCACCCGGAGGCUGAGUGGUAGCACGGGGCGGCGGGCGGCUGCGAGCGGCAGCCCGGGACGCCGGCUCAGCACCGCUUGGGCGAGGGCCCAGCCCCCGAGGGAGGAGGCGGAGGGCACGGAAAACAGCGCCCAGUCGCCGGCCACCGGACAGCCAUCCUGGACGCCGCCUCCUCCGCCCCCCGAAAGCCCGGCGCCCCCAGCGGGCCGCUCGCUGGUGCAGCGGGACAUCCAGGCCUUCCUGAACCAGUGCGGGGCCAGCCCAGGGGAGGCACGGCACUGGCUCACGCAGUUCCAGACCUGCCAGUACUCCGCGGACAAGCCCUUCGCGGUCAUCGAGGUGGACGAGGAGGUGCUCAGGUGCCCGCAAGCGGUAUCCAGCCUCGCCUUCGCCCUGGCCUUCCUGCAGCGCAUGGACAUGAAGCCACUGGUGGUCCUAGGGCUGCCGGCCCCCACGGCACCCUCAGGAUGCCUUUCCUUCUGGGAGGCCAAAACACAGCUUGCCCAGAGCUGCAAGGUGUUGGUGGACGAGUUGCGGCAUAACGCAGCCACUGCCGUGCCAUUUUUUGGCGGCGGUUCGGUGCUGAGCGCGGCGGAGCCCGCCCCCCAUGCCAGCUAUGGCGGCAUCGUCUCGGUGGAGACGGACCUGCUGCAGUGGUGCCUGGAGUCCAACAGCAUCCCUAUCCUGUGCCCCAUUGGGGAGACGUCCGCGCGCCGAUCUGUGCUCCUCGAUUCGCUGGAGGUGACCGCGUCGCUGGCCAAGGCGCUGCAGCCCACCAAAAUCAUCUUCCUCAAUAACUCAGGCGGCCUGCGCAACACCAGCCAGAAGGUCCUGAGCAGCGUGAACCUGCCUGCCGACUUAGAUCUGGUGACUACCGCGGAGUGGUUGAGCACCAAGGAGCGGCAGCAGAUACGGCUCAUCGUGGAUGUGCUCAGCCGCCUGCCCCACUACUGCUCUGCGGUCAUCACCGCCGCCAGCACGCUGCUCACCGAGCUCUUCAGCAACCGGGGCUCCGGCACCCUGUUCAAAAAUGCCGAGAGAAUGCUGCGAGUGUUUAACUUGCACCACCUGGACCAGGACCGCCUAGUGAAUCUAGUCAACACCAGCUUUGGCAAGAAGCUCCGGGACGACUACCUAGACUCGCUGCGCCCGCGACUGCACUCCAUCUAUGUCUCCGAGGGGUACAAUGCCGCCGCCAUUCUGACAGUAGAACCAGUACUGGGGGGCACCCCGUACCUCGACAAAUUCGUGGUGGGCUCCAGCCGCCAGGGCCAAGGCUCUGGUCAGAUGCUAUGGGAGUGCCUGCGGCAGGACCUGCAAACUCUGUUCUGGCGCUCCAGAGUCACUAACCCCAUCAAUCCCUGGUACUUCAAGCACAGUGAUGGCAGCUUCUCCAACAAACAGUGGAUCUUCUUCUGGUUUGGGCUGGCUGAUAUCCGGGACUCUUAUGAACUUGUUAACCAUGCCAAGGGGCUGCCAGAUUCCUUCUGCAAGCCAGCUUCUGACCCAGGCAGCUGACCCAUGCUAUGGGCCCUGCAGGCCCUGGGACAGCCAGGGUAGACCAGAAGCCAUGCCUGCUGGGGGUGAUCCCAGGCUGUUACAGGAUGAAUGGGGCUUGUUAGCUGAGUGGCCUACAGAGAAAGCAGCCCCUGCUCUGCCUAAGUGGGAGAAGCACAAAGAGGGGAGCCAGCCUAAGACCCAGACUUGCUCCAAAGCCGCAACCAGGUGGCCUAUUUUCAGCCUGAGGAUGGGGGCAGAGGCUUUAAGGGCUCUGCUCAGGGCUAACUGGAGGGGUGGACCAGUUUCUCUGUACUACAUUUUGAGGCUCCUUUGCCCAAAAUAGCACCUACAUACACACCUGCCUGGUCUUCUAAUUCUUUUGGGACUU